AUGCUAGCCCGCGCGCUGCUGCUCUGCGCCGCCCUGGCGCUCUGUGGUGCAGCAAAUCCUUGCUGUUCCAGUCCAUGCCAGAAUCGAGGUGUAUGUAUGAGCAUAGGAUUUGACCAGUAUAAAUGUGACUGUACCCGAACAGGAUUCUAUGGUGAAAACUGUACCACACCUGAAUUUCUGACAAGAAUAAAAUUAUUCCUGAAACCCACUCCAAACACAGUGCACUACAUACUUACGCACUUCAAGGGAGUCUGGAACAUUGUCAAUAACAUUCCCUUCCUGCAGAAUAUGAUUAUGAGAUAUGUGUUGAUAUCGAGAUCACAUCUGAUUGAGAGCCCGCCAACUUAUAAUGUGCACUACGGCUAUAAAAGCUGGGAAGCCUUUUCUAACCUGUCCUAUUACACCAGAGUUCUUCCUCCUGUGCCUGAUGACUGCCCAACACCCAUGGGUGUCAAAGGUGAGAAAGAGCUUCCUGAUUCAAAAGAAGUUGUGGAAAAAGUACUUCUAAGAAGAAAGUUCAUCCCUGAUCCCCAGGGCACAAAUAUGAUGUUUGCAUUCUUUGCCCAGCACUUCACCCAUCAAUUUUUCAAGACAGAUCAUAAGCGAGGACCAGCUUUCACCACGGGACAGAGCCAUGGGGUGGACUUAAAUCAUGUUUAUGGUGAAUCUUUGGAGAGACAGCAUAAACUGCGCCUUUUCAAGGAUGGAAAAAUGAAAUAUCAGAUAAUUGGUGGUGAAAUGUAUCCUCCCACAGUCAAAGAUACUCAGGUCAAGAUGAUCUACCCCCCUCAUGUUCCUGAACACCUGCGGUUUGCUGUGGGGCAGGAAGUCUUUGGUCUGGUGCCUGGUCUGAUGAUGUAUGCCACAAUUUGGCUGCGGGAACACAACAGAGUGUGUGAUGUGCUUAAACAUGAGCAUCCAGAAUGGGACGAUGAACAGUUGUUCCAGACGAGUAGGCUAAUACUGAUAGGAGAAACUAUUAAGAUUGUGAUUGAAGACUAUGUACAGCACCUGAGUGGCUAUCACUUCAAACUGAAGUUUGACCCAGAGCUGCUUUUUAACCAACAAUUCCAGUACCAAAACCGUAUUGCUGCUGAGUUUAACACACUCUACCACUGGCAUCCCCUUCUGCCUGACACCUUUCAGAUUGAUGGCCAGGACUACAAGUAUCAGCAAUUUGUCUAUAACAACUCCCUCUUAUUGGAACACGGCCUCACUCAGUUUGUUGAAUCAUUCACCAGGCAAAUUGCUGGCAGGGUUGCUGGUGGUAGGAAUCUUCCAGUUGCAGUAGAGAAAGUAUCAAAGGCUUCAAUUGACCACAGCAGAGAGAUGAAAUACCAGUCUUUUAAUGAGUACCGCAAACGCUUUCUGCUGAAGCCUUAUAAAUCAUUUGAAGAACUUACAGGAGAGAAGGAAAUGGCUGCGGAGUUAGAAGCGCUCUAUGGUGACAUUGAUGCCAUGGAGCUGUAUCCUGCUCUUCUGGUAGAAAAGCCUCGACCAGACGCCAUCUUUGGGGAGACCAUGGUAGAAGCUGGAGCACCAUUCUCCUUGAAAGGACUUAUGGGUAAUCCUAUAUGUUCUCCUGAGUACUGGAAGCCUAGCACUUUUGGUGGAGAAGUAGGUUUUAAAAUCAUCAACACUGCCUCAAUUCAGUCUCUCAUCUGCAAUAAUGUGAAAGGCUGUCCUUUUACCUCAUUCAGUGUUCAAGAUCCACAGCUCACCAAAACAGUCACCAUUAAUGCAAGCUCUUCCCACUCUGGACUAGACGAUAUCAACCCUACAGUACUACUAAAAGAACGUUCAACUGAACUGUAGAAGGUGAUUGAUAAUAUUUAUUUAUUUAUAUGAACUAUUUCUUUUAACUUAAUUAUUUAAUAUUUAUGUUCAACU